AUGACUCAGCCAGUUAUCGUGAGAGACACGAAGGAUUGUUUGCCGAAACAGUCAGCGAUAGCAUGGGUGCAGCUCGUUGAUCGAUCGCCAACGACAACAUUCGUCCGUCCGGCUCACCGAUACCUUUAUCCGUACACACAUCCACAAACUGGCUUCCACAUCGGGAUUCGUCUAGAUCGGGUUGUGUUUCAAAUCGAAACGCUUUCCGGUCAGAUCAAUGUACUAUCCUAUAAGAUUGAUGGAGCUGUGACUCAAAUUAAAGAACAUGGUCAACAAACGAUCUCUUCAAUAAGCAACAAUUUUAACAAGGAUACUAUCGAAAAUGUGAAUAGAAUGCUGCGCAUCAUUAAAGAAAAAACACACGACUGGCCGGUCACAGCACUUAUUGUCGUCGGUGUCACCGCGUUUGUGCUGAUUUUGGUUACGUUUCUCUUCCUCAUAACAAAAGGAGGCGAGAAGAUCGUGGAGAAGAAGUACAAAAAGAAGGCACUGAUUGCAGAUCAUGACAUUGAAAACCUGUAG